AUGAGCAGCCUCUUUGAGAGACACGGCGACCAUGGGCAUGGGCAUGAGGAGGAGGAACAUGGUCACGGUCACGGACAUCCCAGUGAAGAUUCAGUGAGGCAGCAUUUUUUAGCUUGUCUUUACUGGUAUGUGCUGGCGACAGUGUUGGCCGUUGGCUUCGGCUCGAGGCUCAUCUCGGCGUUUAUCGCCCGGCAGAGAAUCAAGAGACGGGAUUUGGGAGCGAGUUCGGAUGCGUCAGUCUCUGCGGUGGAAAAGUGGCUAGAGACUCCAAAGUAUCUCGUCGCACAGUCAAAUCGACGUACACUCUGGCUAGCCACUCUCCCUCUACGGAAAGCCACCAUUAUUAUCGCAUAUGCUGCAUUUGUCGCAUUCUUGAUAACAUACAAGUCUAUCAAGCAUGACGGCAACUUUCUCGAGCGAGUCGGCUUCCGCGCAGCCUGGAUCACGGCAACUCAAACCUCACUGCCCUUCCUACUGGCCGUCCGCGUCAACCCCAUCGGUCUCCUGCUAGGCACGUCUUACGAGAGGAUCAAUUGGUUUCAUCGAUGGGCGUCCCGUAUCUUCUUCGUCAGCGCAACCAUCCAUGGCGGCUUCUUCACCUACGAGUGGCUCGCCGCCAACUUCUUUUGGAAAGAGUUGCAGACGGUCAAGAUGGUUAUACCCGGCAUCGGAGCCUGGUUCGUGCUGCUGUGGACCGUCAUCUCGACGAUUCCCUUCUUCAGACGUAUCAAGUACGAGCUGUUUGUGCUACAGCACAUCCUCUCCGUUGUCCUGUUGCUGGUGCUCCUGGUCCUCCAUGUCCCAGACCACCAUCUGUUCAGCAUCUGGUGCGCCGUGGGCGUCUUUGUGUACGACGUCGUAACACGCUCGGCGAAUCCGAUCUGGCGCAACAUCCGGCUACGAUUCUCGGGAACCCCCUCCGUUCGAUGUGCACAUGAUGCCAAAGUCGAGGCCGUUGACGAUGAGUUGACUGCCGUCACAAUUCGGAACGCCGGCUUCAAGUGGACCCCGGGACAACACGUCCUUCUCUGGACGCCGACGUUUCGGUGGGAAUCACCACAUCCUUUCACCAUCUCCAACAUUCCGAAUGCCGAGUCGUCCACGCAGGAUGUUCAGCUGACACUAAAGGCGAAGAAUGGGCUGACGAGGAGGCUCAACAGUUGGGGUCGAAGGACGGAGAUUAGUGGAGGCGAUGGCACUCUGCGAGUCUUUCUAACGGGGCCUUUUGGGCAUGUGCCCAAUUGGAGACAAUACGACAACUUGGUCCUCAUUGCGGCUUCCACGGGAGGAUCCUUCACCACGCCUAUCCUCGAGGACCUACUCUCAUCACAGGCGCCCGGCUGUGUUCGGAAGAUUAAUGCCCUGUUCAUCGUCCGACGCAAAGCCCACGCCGACCCAUACCUCAAACAGAUAUCUCGAGUGUUAUCCAGGGCAAAGGAGAUGGGUAUAUCUGUGAGGGUAGAGGUCGCCGUCACCAAGGGCCCCAAGAGCGCAACCCAGACGGCACUGCAUGACGACGUCGACGAAAGCCGCGAGAGGUUGAUUGAGCCAGAGUCCCAACAAGCAGGUAGAGGCGCGAGUGUCGAGUUAGAACGUUUCUCGAUCGACUCUUCGCGGUCAUCAGGCAGUGAACGGGAUGACCAGCUACUGAAAGAAGAAGUGGAACUGGGCUUCGAUGGAGGGUAUGCUUACGACUCAUCCUCGAUAGAGCAUAGUGAAGGACGGCCUGACAUCGCAACAUUUAUCCGGACUGCUGUUGGUAAUGUUCCUGGAAGCGUUGCCGUGGCGGUAUGUGGUGGCGACGCGAUCGAGAAGGCGACACAAAGGACUGUUGCGUCGCUUCGAGCGGAGCGUAGUUCGGACGGCCUUGGGACUCAUGACAUCUUUCUGCACGUGGAGCGUUCGGAUAUCUAAUUUUUACUCUAUUGUUAAUGUCGAAUACGAUGAAAUCUUACUUGUUAA